AAUCUGCAAUAAUGACAAUCUGUUAAAAAAUUAUAUUAUCAGGCUCCUGCCCUGGGUUUUAUACAUCAGGGUCAAGUAAAUAUGAGCUGUGAUAGUAAUUCAUUAAUGUGGUAGAGAAGGAAGUUCAAAGUGCGACGAGGAACAGCACAUAUCUGACAAUCUCUGGUUCAAUAGGAGUCCAUGCUUUUGUCUCAGACUCUGUGGAAGCAGGUGCUGCUUUCUCCAAAGUACCAUUUUCUCUGGCGCUUGGAGGUAGUGAGAAGUCAACACAGAAUGACCUCAUCACAUCCUGUGGCAGCUGUGUGUCAGAUGACGUCCACCCCUGACAAGGAGGCAAACUUCACUACAUGCAAGCGUUUGAUCGAGCAGGCCAAGGAGGGUGGCGCGAGCAUGAUCUUCCUCCCUGAAGGCUUUGAUUACAUCGGCUCCAGUCGAGAGGAGACGCUGCAGCUGUCUGAAAGCCUCCAGGGUGACAUCAUGACCAGAUAUUCCCAGUUAGCCAGGAAGCUGAAAGUGUGGCUGUCUCUGGGUGGUUUCCAUGAAAGAGGGCACGACUGGGAAAACGACAGACGCAUCUACAACAGCCAUGUCAUUGUUAAUUGCCAAGGUCAAGUCGUGUCUGUGUACAGAAAAGGUCACCUGUUUGAUGUAGAGCUGACAGGUAAAGGUGUGUCCCUAAAAGAGAGCGUCUUCACCAUUCCCGGCCCGAGCUUAGUGCCACCUGUUCAGACCCCCGUUGGAAAGGUGGGACUGGGGAUCUGCUAUGACCUACGCUUCCCCGAGAUGUCCUCGGCUCUUCAGAGGCACGGGGCAGAGAUCCUCACUUAUCCAUCAGCGUUUACCGUGGCAACAGGCACCGCCCACUGGGAGGUUCUCCUGCGGGCCAGAGCUAUUGAGACUCAGUGUUAUGUCCUGGCCGCUGCUCAGGUUGGAGCUCAUCAUGCAAAGCGCUCAUCGUAUGGCCACGCCCUGGCUGUGGACCCGUGGGGCGUGGUCAUGGCGGACUGUGGAGGGACGGAUGUGGGCGUGGCUAUGGUGGAGAUUGACAUGCACAGACUACAGGACACUAGAAGGGACAUGCCAGUACAGCAGCACAGGAGGGAGAAAGAGUUCUACUCUGGUCUAGACUGAACCAAGACUCAAAACAUAAUGUGAACCAAAAUAUGAUGUCGAUUUACCUCACAGUAUGUUGUUUUAUAUCAGAAAUUUAUAGAAGAUCCAACACUAUAUAAGUGAUAAUAAAUUAUCACAGUAAUAAAUGACCUACAUGCAGGUUUAAGUGAUCUGUUACACAUACAGUACAUCUGAUUUCAUAUACUCUUUUCGCUGUGCUUUAGACUCGUUUAGACUGCUUCGUCUUGAGGUUUUCAGCUUCCUGUUCUUGUAGUAGUUGUGAAAAAUGGACUUCCCAUUAAAUUACAAAAUUGUUUUCCUCAACAGACCUUUUCCUUUAGACAUCAAACACGUCUUUGUGUUCGCUACCAAACUGCAGCAGCCAAGUAAAUAAUUCAUCUACACUGGUUUAAUGUCUAAUAUGUGUUGUUUUGACAAUCCAGUAGACAUAACUACCAUUUUACCAUUGUUUCAACUCUUUUAAUUUAUUUGUUUAUUACAAAUAAUAACAUAUAAGGUUAUAAUAAGAUGGUGAGAUUAUUUAUGUAACCUGUGUCAUAAUUUGUCUUCCCUGUGAAGUUAUGUCUGUCAAUAACCAUUAAUAAAUCAAAGGCAACUAAAUUUAGAAGAAAUGUAUAAUGACAUUUAGUAUGUUAGGUUUUACCAAUGUUCUUAUUAUCACUAUAAUAGUUGAUAUUGAUAGAAAUAAUGAAAAAAAUGUCAGUUAAAAUAAUUGCAUUUCCCUUUCUGAAUGUGAUGUAAAUAUUCUCUUUCAUCUUGUUUCUCCCUAAUGUAUUAUAUCUCUGCCAGAGUUAUACACACUCUUCUAUAA